AUAAAGGUUAGCACCUGACAAUUAAAUGUCAAAAGUAACAAUUUAUACGAUUAUUUGAAAUUUUUUUAUUGUGUUUAAUUAUCUUAUUUCAGUGCCUAUACAUACUGGUGAGCAUGAUAUUGAUACAAAAGUGCUGAUAUAGCAUGGAAAAAUACGAACAAAUAUCUGUAGUCGGUGAAGGAUCGUAUGGUUUGGUGAUGAAGUGCAGACACAAGGACACAAACCAAAUAGUGGCUGUGAAAAAAUUUCUUGAAACCGAAGAAGAUCCGACUAUCAGAAAAUUGGCUCUACGAGAGAUACGAAUGUUAAAAAGACUGAAACAUGAAAACCUGGUAACUAUGAUUGAAGUAUUCCGGCAUAGAAAACGGUUCUACAUAGUGUUCGAAUUUAUGGAAGGAACUGUAUUAGACGAACUAGAAAAAAUGCCCGGCGGAUUAGGAGAAGAACGCACCAGGGAAAGAAUCUUCCAAGUAUGUAGAGCUGUUAGCUAUUGCCAUAACAAUCAUAUAAUUCAUAGAGAUGUUAAACCCGAAAAUGUCCUGGUGUCUUCUUGGGGUGUAGUCAAAUUAUGUGAUUUUGGGUUUGCCAGAAUAGUAAGUCUUAAUGGUGAAGCGUGUACGGAAUACGUGGCGACAAGAUGGUAUCGAGCUCCUGAGCUAUUAGUAGCAGAGCCAAUCUAUGGAGCGUCGGUCGAUAUCUGGGCAAUAGGUUGUCUAUUUGCGGAAAUGAUCACUGGAGAUCCACUAUUUCCAGGGGAGAGCGAUAUUGAUCAGUUGUACUUGAUUGUGAGAAUGUUAGGAAAACCUUGUAUAAGACAUCAACAUUUAAUGACUCGAAAUAGCCAGCUCCGACCUAUAAUCAGAACCCCGUCCCAAGAAUCUAUGGGAUAUUACAAAGUAUUUCAAUCAUGGCCUUUGAUCGCGAUAGAUUUUUUAAAUGGCUGUACGAAAAUGGAUCCGCAGGACAGACUUACAGCUGAUGAACUGUUGAAACAUACUUACUUUACUCAUGACAAGUUUCCUCAAAGAUUUCUUCCUGCACUGCGGGAAAAGGUGAAUAUCGAAUUUAAUGCGCCUUUGCUAAGGAAAUUAAAAUCGGAAAUUCUAACUUCAACUGAUAGAAGUAACGACUGGAGACCACGCAGAUUGUCCAAUGAAGUCAAAUGGAGAUUCAAUAUGACUGAAGGCUCCGUAAAGCGAAAGCACUGUAACGACUCAGUUAUUAUUGAAUCCUCCAUUGACAAGAAUCUGAUAACUCUCUCGAAAACUAGUCAACGUUUGAACGUUAUUAAUAAUGGAAGCAAUGGAAAGAACAACUGCCAGAUAUUGCCGAAACAAUCGUUUAUUCAACCCAAAGUUUCACAGAAUUUGCAGUCCAAGCAACAGUUCAAACUCCCAGUUUCCACCGAUAUGCAAAUGCUGGAGAAAUCAUUGGAUAAUUUGGGCAAAAUGAAUAAAUUUGAAAAUGAUAACCGACCGCUAUCCGACCGGAAGGAGUCAACACCGUUGUUGCCGGAAUCGCCAACAUUUAACACUUUUCACUUUGGGAUCGGAGAUCACAGUAAAUCGCCCAAUUAUCACAGUGUUCUUCAUCCCAGUAUAAACAAUAUAUGUUUCGGCAGAGACCCAAAUAAAAAAUCACCGAACGCAUCCCAAAACUUGAAUAAUGGAAGCCUAAAAAAUAAUCCAGUUUCACAUCCUCCAAACUCAAGAACCCAUUUUCUCAAAAAACUCGACCGAUAUGUGGUUAUGGAGAACAUUUUCGCCCAAGGUGAUCACUCAAAUGUGGGUGCGAACAGUACCACUCCCCAUUGGUUAAACAGCUUCAAUACGACAAACGGUUCCAAUUCGAGGAAAAGGGACUUUGCAAGUAAAAUUAAGAACGACGAUUUCUCGUUGCCAAAUUUACCUGGGGCUGCCAUUUCGCCCGGUAAAACUAAAAAGAAGAACAGCAUUCCAGAGUUGGAACUUCCGGACUCCACUGAAGUGUCUCCGAGAUUACCUUCAGCAACAUCACAAACAUCGCCUUCCAUUAAAAACCCCAACAUCACAUAACUAGCGUAUUAAAUUAGAGAAUUGUAAAUAAUUUAGAUCGGUCAGCACGGUAGUGGAAUGAAUGUUCUGGUAAAAUAUUGGCGUUUCAGUUGGGUAAAUUUUUUAUUUUUUAUAGGCCUACCGAUACAAGAAAGCUAAAAGAAAACGCAAUGUACUGGAUAUAAGUUUACCAAUUCCUGUUCACGAAAAGUCGAGAUUGUGUUUUAAAAUUUCAAAAUGAACGCAUUUAAUUGACUAGCAAACCUGAAGUUGGACAAGGUUGGUGUUUAUAAACACUUUUUAAACAAUCUCCACCUAUUCUUUUUCUCACAUUAAAUUGUCUUCAAUUGUUCGACUGUAUUAUACAUAUUUAUUGUUUCAACAUCUCAUGUAGAAAGUUAUCUAAAUACAUCUUUUCAUUUAA